CUUUCUCUCUUUCCAAUCAUCCGCUCUUCACUUGUCCGCCUACCGAUUGCAUCAGCCAGCGGUAGCUGAGCUCUGCUCCUCAUCUCCCCACAAACAUCCAUCGCCAUGGUCGAGGCGGCUUCUCGCAGAGAUGCAUCUGCACUCACGUCCUUUGGCUUCCUUGGCGACGACGACGAAGCGCAGCAAUCGGGCUACGGCUUUGGCAAUCUCUUGACUAGCCUCAAGACCGUCUUCUCCUCGUCUCACGAUUCUGCACCAUCAAUAUACCCAGAAGCGGGGCCUUCGAGGGCCUCAUCGCGCAAUACAUCGUCCACCGUUGCAAGGAAACAGGAUGACCACUCAGAAAGCGGCGCAAGUCGCGUUGAACGCCCUCAGCCACCAACCCGAGGAGAUACGGGCAGCAAUAGCAUACCAGCCUCUACCACAGUCUCUUCGUUUUCGAGCUCGAUCAAGCCGCCUGCCAUGCUGCCAGGAGCUGUCAAGACGGCAGCACCUGCACCGGCCGUCCUAUCCACAAUCCCUACGCACGUCCUUGCCGGCCUGCCACGAACGAGAAAGGACUCCGAUGCUCGCUCCACCACGAUGGACACCGGAUAUGAGGACGAUGCGCUAGGGGAGCUCGGCCUACACAAAGCUACACCUCCUCUCCAUCAUCGAGACUCGCGCUCACCUUGGGCGUCCGUACCGGGCUUUCCCCUACCUCAAGAUAUUCUCGCAGAUGACGCUCAAUCCAUUCGAACCGCCUCCUCGCAUCUGCCAGCAUCAGAUGGAGCUUCGGGAGAUCUCGAGCUGGGCAAUUCGGCAUCGACGUCGCUUCAGAUGAGCGCAGAGGCCUUUCGUCGCCUCAUGAUGAGUGGUGGCGCAGCUCAGUCAAAGGAGUGGUGGAUGCCCGACGCCUCUGCAAAGGAGUGCUCAUCCUGCGGCUCGGCCUUUACCAUUGCACGGCGCAGGCAUCAUUGCCGUUGCUGCGGUCAGAUCUUUUGUGCCAAAUGCGCCUCAAACCUCCUCCCCGGCGCCAAGCUCGGUCUAAGGGACGUUGUACGGGUAUGCAACUUUUGCACAAAGAUGCUUCGCGACUACGAGAGGGCAAGGGCAGGCCAACAAGUAGUCAACAGUCGCGCCGGUGGGUCAAGACAUAACAGUGAGGCUGGGAGGGUGAGGGCAGAGAUGAUCUCUGCGCCACUCGAGGCUGCCGUUGAGAAUGCGCCGCAGGGCAAAUUUGCCGCCAAUGCUCUUUUCGGGGCUUCCGCUCUCGGGCGAAGCAUCACGGCGUCGGCAGAGAGCUCGCCCCAGCUCCAUCGUUCGUCCAGUCUAGAGCAAUUCGAUGAUGAGAACUUUAUGGCGGCGAAGGAACGUAGCAACGAUUCACACCCUCAUGAGACCCACGGUCAGGCGCCAUUCAGGAGAGACCUCGCAGAAGAAGAUCGCGUCGUCGCCGCGGCUGAGGGGUCGACGGCGGAUGGCACUACACGGGCGCAUGGCUUAGGCAUCGACUCUCCGACGGCAUCCCCGAUCCUGCGCGAUGAACACGAUGAAGAGGUAGAGAAGGGGGGCACAGACGCUCCCAAGUCGGCAGCCAGCAAGUCUUCUGUCGCCUUUCCGACAGCAUCAGCCGGCGACGAUGGCCAGAGUGAAGACAUCCACUCUCGCACAGACGCACGCCACGUCCUCGAUGAGGCCCGCGCUCGACUGGCCAGCGAUACCACUCUCAGCCACGACAACAGAGCCAAGCUCGUUAGCGAAGCAGCUCUGCGCGCCUUUAGGCGAUCGCGGCUGCGGUCAAGAGUCACGCUCGAGGAGCUGCGCAAUGAUGAGGAUCUGGAUAUUCGCCCUUCCUCGAGGUUAGGCGGCGGUGCUCACGAGCUCAGCAUCGACAGCUACCACUAUCUGCGUCGCCUCUGCGCCCAGUCACUUGAGAAGGCCAAAGUGGUCGAUGCUGAUCAGUGGCUCGACUGCAUUGUCCCGCUUACACUGAAGGUUGUCCAACACAUUCGUCCCGUCGCCCACACCAACGGCAACAGCAUGGGCGUACGCCGCUACGUCAAGAUCAAGCGUAUUCCGGGCGGCGCGCUCGAAGACUGUCACCUGGCCAGCGGAUAUAUCUGCGCUCACAACGUUGCUUCCAAGGCCAUGCUCCGUCGCUUGCCCCUCAAGAAUGCUCGAGUACUUCUACUCAGCUUCAGUCUUACCGCAGUCAAGGGCGAAGGGCAGUACGUAUCACUCGACGCCCUUUCCGCAUCGGAGCGGGAAUACACUCGCAUUCUCGUCGCUCGCGUCCUCUCCUUGCGUCCUCACCUCCUCGUUGUGAGGGAUCAAGUCUCGCGCCUUGCCCUCGAGCUGCUCGAGCAUGCCGGAGUCAUCGUGGUCUGGAAGGUGCCCGAGAGCUCGAUGGCAGCAAUCGCCCGCGUCACCCAAGCCGACAUCGUCUCUUCGGUCGACCGCCUCGCUCUACGUCCACGAUUGGGUCGCUGCGGCACCUUUGCGGUCGACACAUUCCACUCCGGGUCCUCCCUGUCCAAGCGGCGCAGCUUCCUGCGUUUUGGCGGGACAGCCAAGCAGCUGGGCUGUAGCAUCGUGCUGCGAGGCGGCAACAAGCAGGAACUGGGCAAAGUCAAGACCAUUCUUGAGCUUAUGCUCCUUGCGGCGCACAAUCUACGCCUGGAGGAAUCGAUGCGUGAGACCACGUUGUCCUUGCUUCCUGCGCCCAAGGCUAAGAUUGAGCAGCCUACUCGCACUGCAAGGGUCGAUGCGAACGAAGAGGGGCAGGCCGCGGAGGCAUAUCCGCAGAGCCUUGACUCGACCGUCUCCAGCGCUUUGAAAGAGUUUGACACGACGCUGCUUAGUAUCUCGGCCGCCAUUACCGUGCCAGCACCUUACCCGUUGGUGAGGCUGCAGAAGGAGGCGACGCAGCUUGAGCAAUUGGAAAAGGAGGUGGGUGGGGGGCAGGAGGAGGAGGAAGAGGAGGAGGAGGAGCAGAACUGCACUGAUCCGUCGGCGACUACCGAAAAAGAGGACGUCGGGGCCCAGCGCACGGCGGGGAAACCAGACGGUGAUGACAAGGAGCAGCUUGACGAGAAAGAGGAGCCAGAGGCGAGCAUUCAGGCACCAAAGACCCCGAUAGAUCCGGAGAAACAAGACGACGACGACAACAUCCAAUGCUCGCUCGACACUUCAUCUGACAUCGGCCCGCAACUUGCUUCCAUUCUACCAUCCAAAGGCAAGCUCGACCUCAAGACCCGUCACGCCCUCGCCCGCUCCCGUCACGACUACGACGCUAAGUAUAUCCUACGCACCCUGAACGACGACGCGCUCAAGACGCCAUUUGCCCACCAGAAGCUCUCUGUCCUGCACGUCGUCGUCAGCUCGGCGACCAUGCGACCCUGCUUCGGUCCCCAAGUCGAGCAGAUCGAGUUCUACGGGCCAACGGAUAGCACACUUGCUGACUACCUGGACGCCAAGUGCGCGGAGAGUAGCCUGGCGUGUAAGUCCAAGGGAUGCAGCUUGCAGCGCAUCUUGCACUACGAAUCUUUCGUGCACUACGACGUGCGCGUUCAGGUGUUCUGCGAGCGCUUCGUCUGCCCGAUUGCGGGGCAGGAAAACUCGGUGCUGACUUGGGAGUAUUGCAAGCAAUGUGAGGCUGCGACGCCCGUCUCUGUCGUCCAUGAGGAGGCAAAGGCCUACAGCUGGGCCAAGUUCCUCGAGGCUCACUUCUACACGCUUCACACCGUUUCGGAGUGCUCACACGACCGGCUGACUGAGCGCAUUCGCUACUUUGCCUACAAGAACCUCGCCUUUCGCAUCCACGUCGAGGAGCUACGCCCUUUCGAAGUCGUUGUGCCUGGUCUUCGACUCUUCACUCGCCCGGACAUCCAAGCCGGAUUGCGAUCGGAAGAGGCGCUGGGUCUUGCAGGCCGGGCAGACAGCUACUUCCACUCGGUCGCCGCACGUCUGAAAGCCCUCGAGCACGAGAUAAGUCUCGGCCGCGAAGGUAUGGCUCACGUUGAGCGCUUUCGCCCUCACCUCGAAGAGAUUCGCCAAGAGGCUCUCAAUGGUCGCAAGCAGGUCAAUCGUCUCUUCGUCUCUGUCGUCAAGUCGAGCACGGAUCACGACACGCUCUGCCUCAAUCAGGUACGUCGCCUCCUGCAAGACCUAGUCGUCACGGUGGACCGCAUGUUUGCGAGCCUAGAAAAGAGCGCAUUGCCCAAGGAGCGGGACGUGCGCAGGCUAACGGCUAGUCACUUGAGCCGCCUUUUUGCUGAAAAGGAGACUAUGGAGGGACACAAGGCCAGCGCCAGCAUGACCGAGCCUUCCACUCCUGCGCUGCCGCCUGCCGCAGAGGUCGACGAGACGGCCAUUGCGCAAGCGCUGCCCAGUCAGCGCUCCGAAAACUCCGUGGCAGCGCUGGCCCAGCUGGCAGAGAGCGCUGCCCUGGGACUGGCGCCACAGCUGGGUCUCGGUAUCGAAGACUACUCCUCGCCCGUUAGCGGCGCAUCGACUCCCAUGGGUGCCAUUCGACACGGGUCUGAGCGCUCCUCUCGCCAGGCCUCAAGGCAAACGUCAGCCCUGCCGACGCCGACGAAGGAGCUCAGCGAGGCGGCUGCGACAUUGUCCUCAUCGCCGGAGCAUGUUGUGAAGAAGGCGGUCGAAGGCCCAGCACGAGAGGACUCUGACGGCAACUCGUCGCCUACCACUCGUCUGAGGCCUACUCUGAGAAGCAAGCACUCAGGCAAAUCGGUCAGCGGCUCUGGAUCAUCACUCAAGGCGGAUGCUCGACCGAAGACGUGGAGAACAACCCCCUCUGCCAUUACGGACUCAUCUUGCACCGAGGCAGGCGAUGUCACGGAUAGUUCCGCGCUCGUGUCGUCCUUGAUCAGUCGAUUCGACCCAAAGACCAAGGUACGAGGCACAGCUUCGAGGGCAGCGGAGACUCAGUCGUCUUCGUCUUCUUCACAGGUCCGCCGUCCGCAGCGAGUCCUUUCAGACGGUGGCGGUCCUCGCAACCCGCCUAGUCGACCUACGUCGCCAGGACAAGUACAAAGGCCUUCUCGCGCCAAUCUGCGUGCCCUUCAUUCGUCUAGCAGCACCUCGACCGUCCCGACAUUGGAACGAGCACCCUCCGCCUCCAGUCGUCGCGCAGGCUCUACUUCUCGGGGCCCUCCAUCAAGCUAUCGGCCCCCGAUAGUCAGGCCUGCACCUACGUACGCGGGCCGUGGAGCGAGCGAGUCUGAGUCUGACGCGGCCAACGGCCUUGCAAGCAGGCGACAAUUCGGGAUGACGUCGAUCAAUAGCCCUCGGACUCGCCCCAGCAUGUCUCGUCGCACAUCGGCCAAGAGUGAUAGUGGCAAUGAGUCGAGUGCCCAGCAGCAGCAUCAGCAGCGUACGCUUCGUCGUCGAGUCGCGAGUCCUGGCCCAUCGGGAGUCGCCACACCUCGCACGCCGCUCUACGGCGCCGCCGCUGUCGCAAGUCGUCUACCCAUGCCAACUGGCACUCAAGCUGGGAAGAGCCGCGUCUCCACCAUUGCUCGCCACUUCGAUCGCAUCAAUCGCGAGGCGGAGAGGGAGCGAGAGAAGCAACGUAGGGCGAUGGCGCUUCGCGCGAGGCGAGCGCUUCCCAUCUCAGCAUCCACUGCAAGGGUGGCGCAGUAUUCUUCCGUCACUGCUGCGGUCGAGUCGGACGACGAAAGCUCCGAUGGCAAUGACAACGAUGACGACGAUGACGAAGAGGGAGGGGAACGUACUCAAUCCGAGGGCGGUGGAGAGGCAGACUCCGAGCCGGAGGAAGCAGCAGAGGGUGCAGAGUCUAUCAGUCCGGAGUCGAGGCUGAGGGGCAAGAGCGCGACCGUUGGAGGAGGGCACACAAAGGGCGAAUCGGAGGCCACAAUCAAGGGUGAGGCAGUCACGCCGCCAGCCACCGGUACGCUCAAAGCAUCCAACGCUCCGCCCCUCGAUGCCGUCGCUUCCCCAGCUGCUGCGGCAGAGCAGCCCAGUAGCAAGCUCAUUGAGACGCGCCACCCACUCUCGACGCCGUCCAUGAGCGAGUCCUUUGCGACUGAAAAGGGUUCUCUACUCAAGACUAUCAGUUCUCUCUGGGCUUCGCGACCCGGAGCGUCCCUCCCGCUGCUGGAAUAUCCUUUGACGGGAGAGCAGCACCUCUUUGCUGACUCCCCGUUGCUCCUCCGCGAAGACGAGCCUUCUUCCACAAUCGCUUUCACUCUCGUCUCCUCGCAAUACCAAGAGCGACUCGGAACGCUUCGCGCCGCAACCUCAAGCGCCGCACCGGACACCUCACAGGUAGAGGCCUCGCUCCGUCGCCAAGAGGGCGUCCACCUGCGCUUCGACUUUGAAUCAGGCGCGUCCCGUUUCCACUGCCGUAUUCUCUUUGCGGAACAAUUUGACGCCCUACGACGCUGCUGCGGGUGCCAGUCCACGCUCAUCUCAUCACUAGCACGCUGCGUAAAGUGGGACAGUUCCGGCGGCAAGUCAGGCAUGACCUUCCUCAAAACCCGCGAUGACCGGCUGGUCCUCAAACAACUCUCCGCAUCUGAGCUCACAGGCUUUUCCACCUUCGCUCCGCACUACUUUGCACACAUGGCCGAGUGUCUCAUGCACGGCAAACCUACUACGCUCGCCAAGAUCUUCGGCCUCUACCGCAUCUCGAUGCGCAAUCAGGCGACGGGGCGAAGCUACAAGUUGGACGUAUUGGUGAUGGAGAACCUCUUCUACGGGCGAAAGUGCAGCCGCAUCUUCGAUCUCAAGGGCUCGAUGCGCAACCGCUACGUCAAAGAAACAGGAGCUGCAGGUGAGGUUUUGCUGGACGAGAAUCUAGUGGAGAUCUCCCUGCAGCGACCACUCUACAUUCGCGAGUCGAGCAAAGUGCUCAUCCGGCAGGCUCUCAAGCAUGACUCGGACUUCUUGGCUGCGAUGAACAUCAUGGACUACAGUGUUAUCGUGGGGUUGGACACGGAGGACGACGAGAAUCGCGAACUCGUCGUGGGGAUCAUCGAUUUCCUGCGCAGCUACACGUGGGACAAGAGGGUAGAGACAUUCGUGAAGGAGCAGUCCAGUCUCCUCGUUGCGGCAGGAGGGAGCAAAGGUGAGCUGCCGACGGUGAUAACACCCAAGCAGUACGCCAAUCGCUUCUUGAGCUUCUUGGAUGGAAUACUGUUGCUCUCACCUGAUUCGUGGUACAAGGGAGCCGUGGGUGGUGGUGGAGGGAUGAUGGGCGGGACUGAGGAGCAGGAGAGGCAGGCGCACGAGGGGCAGAAGUUGGUAGAGAGGCAGGAGAAGCAGCAGAGAGAGGAUUGAUGGCGAGCGCGUCUUGGCUCGCCUUGUAUAUCAUGUCGAUACCAUUCUGUACAAAAUCCAUGACUCUGAUCGCGCCCGAGAGCGAGCGGUUGAGGCAAGGCGGACUGGCCUGACCUCAGCUCGCCUCCAUCUCUGCUCGAGCCAG